AUGUUGAGGCAGUCAGUCCGCGGCGUGCGCGCGCCGCUACGAGCUUUCAAUCAGCCAGCCCAACAGGCGGCAUGGAAUGGCGCAUGGAGAAGGCUUUUCACAUCACAAACGGGGAGCAAGACUACGCGCCAGCUUUGGCAAUGGAGGACGGCCCAUUGGGAGGGCAUGAUGGCCCGGCUAAGGAGCACCCGCUUCGGAUCUGGGUCUGCGACAACACCAAGCAUGCUCCAGGGCGUGUUGAGGCGUGGAUUUCGGUUUACCGCAAAGCGCAAGACGAACAAGGGCCCGGCCGUUAAGCAAGCCGUGGAGCCAGAGGGUCUCUCGGCCAGGCUCAAGAAACUCACCAAGGAGUAUGGCUGGGUGACCGUUGGCGUUUACCUGGGGCUGUCCGUUCUGGACUUUCCCUUCUGCUUCCUAUUUGUCAGGAUGGUAGGACCUGAGAAGAUCGGUGAGGUCGAGCAUCAAGUGAUGUCGUCAGUGAAGCAGAUGAUCCCCGAUUCGGUUCGGGAGACGUGGCAUACCUACUGGCAGUCCUUCAGGAAAGCUGAGGCGAAAGCCCUUGGCGAUGACGAUAUCAGCGACAAGAUGGAGAUGGCUACGUGGGGUGUCGAGAAGGCCGAGGAGCGCAAUCGCGCGAAUGCUAGCUUAGCAACCCAGUUGGCGCUGGCGUAUGCCAUUCACAAGAGCUUCAUCUUCAUCCGAGUACCUCUAACGGCCGGCCUCACGCCCAAGGUCGUCAAGGUGCUUCGAUCAUGGGGCUGGAAUAUCGGAAAGAAGAAGGUGUAG